CGACAGACGUUGAGUCGAGAGCACACGCGACGCGCAUGUUCAGCGGUAAAUACUGAAAACCGAGUAUAUUUCGAAUAAUACGAGCCACACACACGUUGCGUAUACGCGGCGUGGUCGCGAAAAAACAACAUUCAUCAGUGCAUUUCAGUAAAUAAAAUGGUGGAUGGAAAUUCACGUGAUGCAAAUCGCAUUAUUCGACUCUAAGUGCAACAAGCAGCAAUUUGUGUGGUGUCUCUGCCACAUCGACACCUGUCAAUGCCACUGAGGUUACCACUGAACUUGUGGCUGAGUUCGUAACAACAAUCAGUUCCAAAUCCACAUCCACAUCCGCUUCCGGUUCCGGUUCUUGAUGGAUUGUUCAAUUUAGCCGGCGAUAGCUACGAUAAUCAAAUAGAACCGAGAAUAUAUAGUAUAUACAGCACAUUGAGACUUAUGUGUGAUACGUUGAGUGCAACAAGAACAACAACAGCAACGACAACAAUAACAACAACAUGUUAACAACACACCACUUGCAUCACUUGCAUCAUCAUCGCGGCAGCACGGCCAUCGAUUUGGAUAAGGUUACCAAUUUGAAUACGCUCAUCGUCGAGAUCAACAGCCACGUGGCGCUUUUCCGCGAUAUGCUGAUACAUGUUGGCCAGGCCAAGGACUGUCCGGAGUUGCGCGAAAAGAUACGCAAAUUGCGACGCACCUGCGUGGAGGCAUUCAAGCACACGGCUCAAAUACUCAUGCCCCAGGUCAAGAGCGCCAUGGCCGAUGGCAUUCUCACGGACAACCCGCACUUGGUCCUUCUUUUCUACAUGGCUCAGUUGUUUCUCCGUGAACUGGUGAAAAGCUAUCGACUCAUUCAAGUGGUGCCAAUGGAUAUGUCUGGCUAUUAUGAGAAUCGUGCGGGACCCUCGAAUUUGGGUAAUGUUAUAAGCCAGAUAUUGUUGUGCAAGCAAUUUACGCCCGAUUUUAAUGAGGAGGAAUUAUGCAGCAUAACAAAGGACUCGCAGGAUAUUGCCAUGCUGUUAUCGGAGAUGCAGGAAUAUAUGCCACAACAUGAGGCAUAUUUGGAACGAAACGCAGCUCUGGAUACAAAUGGUCCUUGGCCAACAAAACGACGACAGAAUUAUAUAUGCAAAAAUAUGAGCCUACUCUGUUGUGUCUCCAGGCCAAAUUAUCUCUGAGACGAGGAGGAAAUUGUUUAAUCACACUCAUACACUCACACACUCACACACACACACUACUUGUAUCAAUUACUAGUGUUUAAGUUAAGCCUACAACUAAACAACUAAUACUAAGUGUACAACAACAACUCAAUUAUCAUUGUAACAUACUCGGAAUCCAAGGUCAAAAUUCUAGACACAAACUAAUUUAUACAUAGAAAUAUAUAUAAUACUCCGCAUAUAUACAUAUACUUUUAAGGGAUGUUGUGUAUAAUCAAAGUUAGUUAUGCUGCAUGAUACAAUACUUAAUCUCACUUUUGGGAUGAAAACAGAAGUAGGAAUGUUUUAUUCAAACACUUAAAGUGUAGUUCAAUUAAAUUCGCAAUGGAAUUAGCUGAAAGUAAAUUCUGAAUUAAGACUUUAAUUAAACUUUCAGUUGAUCAAUUAACCUUUUAACUCUAAAUUUUGAAAGUUUCAUGUGCUUUUAAUAAUUUUAUAGACCAUUAGAAUUGCCGACUGCCUCACAAGCUAUCGCCUAAAAAACGCUGUGAUUUUAAUUGAGCUUUUAGCAAAUGUUAAGGGAACUUCAAUAUUAAAUUCUCAAUUUAAUUAACUCUCAGAUGAACAAAUCGGUGAGUUUUCAUUUGCUUUUCAAUAAGCUUCUGUUUAUAUUAAAGUAUUUUUAAGCUUUCAAUUCCCAAUAAAAUAAGCUAAUCAGAGUUUGGAGCUUUCAAGUGUUUUUUAAUGAACCUUCAGCUAGUGUUGCGAAUCUCAUCUAUCAAAAAAAUUAGAAAACAGUUAAGACUUUUCUAGGUCUGUACAUUGUGUAGUAAUUGUUUAGAGUAAAUGUUAAACAAACAAAAGAGAAAUCCUACUAAAAAAGCACAUUAUUCAACAAUUACGAUUGAGUUAACAUUACGUAGUCAGUAGGGGGAGCAAGGGGGGAACCUGGUAAUUAAGUUAAAAGCCUGACAUGGAUCUGGACUUUAUUCUCGACCUAAAUCUGUGUCUGGGCAUGUGUUAGAAUAAAAAGCAAUAAAACAACUUGUUAUUAAAUCACACAAACACAUAAACACUCCAAUAUACACACACACACAUAUAUAUAUAUACAUAUAUAUCUACGAUGUCCUUAGGUUUCUGUUAGCUUAUUUGAAAGACAACAACAACAAAGUUGAACUGUGCGCAGUACCUAAAAAUGAGCAACAUGUGACCAAUAAAAA